AUGCGCUCCUCCAGCUUCCGACGCUGCGCUGUCCCCCACAACUUGACCAGCCCUUCGCAGAUCCCCGGCAUUGCCUGGCCUGCCCUGGUUACUGACCUCGUCUCCACUUUAGCCGCGUUCCUCUCCGCCCUCAUCAUCGGCUCUCUACUUCACUACCACAAGAUCGUAAAGAACGAGUGGUUCGGGUACCCCGACGAGUGGUUCCCCUCAGUUUCCGCGACCAUUGGCGACCGAUACCCCGAGCGAUCGAUAUUCCAGAUCUUCAUUGCCAUCACCUCAGGACCGCGAUUCGCCCUCGUUGGACUAUGGUACCUUCUAACGCGCAAGCCGGGCCACGCCCUGCCCAAGUUCGUCGCCGCUAUGGGCCUCUUCCGCACCUUCACUUGCGGCGGCUGGACCUACAUCACGUCGACCGAUGAUCACGACUGGCACGAUAUCCUCAUGAUCGCCUACCUCGUCGGCACUCUCCCUUGGACUCUAGGUUGCAUUGCUUUGAGCCCCCCGAAUACGAAGGCCAUCAAGUAUCGAAAAUACCUGGCCACCGCCUUCUUCGGAACUCUAGUUCCCAUGGUGUACUUCUUCCUCCAACACAAGAUCCACCGAGUCCCUGGAGCUUAUACCACCUACGCCUUCUUCGAAUGGUCACUCAUCCUCUUCGACGUCGCCUUCGAUUCGGUAACCGCUCUCGACUUCUCAACCUUUGAGGUGGUAGUGAAGGACGUCAAGGGAACGACUACGGGAUAUGCGAGCAAUGUGCCCUCAGCUGUGAUUGAGAAAGAGUAUGACAUCCCCCUUCUCUGGACUAUGGACAUUUGCGCACGCAGACCGAGAGCGCUGACGGAAUAUAACUUGUUCAGGAAGGAAUUGCCCCUUGGAAAUGUCUUAUCGUUGCGAUUCACUUGGACCGAGGCGUUCGAUACGGCCGCGGAAGUCUAUCAUGGAUAUGUCUUUUGGUCCGUCAUCACGAGUCUGGGAGUUGCCGUGUGGUACUUCCCUCUCUGGCACAUGGGCAUCUCUGGCUACGAGGCCUUUAUAAUGACGACGACAUCGCCGUUCCUUCUCGCCAACAAGUCGAUCCGAUCUUACCUCGUCAACAACCAGCGCCUUAUUCACCUACUGUCGCUCGCCGGCAUUGCCGCCUACCUCGUCGAGAACCCCCCGAUUCGCCUGUGCAUCAUCGGCUUUGGCGUUUUCAUGUCAUGUCUCGCCUGGGCGACCACCUUCUACGCCGAAUCGAUCCACGAGGUUCGACUUGAGAGCAAGAUCCUCGCAUUGGCCGUCGGCCUGAUCCUCUCAUCCACGAUGAAGUUCGCAUGGUGGACUAACAACCCUAUCUGGCCCAUCAUGCAUGCGGCUAACGGCGGUUGGAACGGAACUGGUCUUGUUCUUGGUGUUUUGGCCGUGCUGAGAUAUACGCGCAGGGCACCUCUGACGUCUGGGCAGGCGCCGGCCUCCCCCAAGGGAGGUUCUGCGAUCCUCGCGGCUUUCGGCUUCGCAGGCUUGUUCUUCGGUCUGCACUCACUCCUCUCUGAUACGAGCACGAUGAUUUUGUGGGUCUGGGAGGGAUUCCCCAUCCGCGGACCCUACUCUUCCACUCACGGCUGGUGCACCGUGGCCGCCAUGAGCGCCGGUCUCAUCGUGAGCCUGUACCGCCACAACCUUGUCACGAGCUGGGCCGCCUACGCCGUCGGCUGCGCGGGUGCGGCGGUUCUUACUCUUUACUCGCACUGGCUCGGUUUCUACGGCGCACUUACGAUGGCCACCUACCUCAUGUCCAUCGCCAUUCCCUUCAUCAGCAAUGCCGCGCGACAGAAUCCCGUGAUAACGUUUGGCGUUGGUUUUCUCAUCUACAACUUCAUGGUGCUCUUCCACGUGUGGGUUGUUGCUUACGCGUUCGUACCCGGUGGACCGUUCCUGCGCGAACACACCGACUGGAUCAUGAUUAGCUUGAUGGCGCUCAUUGGAUGUGGCGUGUACGAUUUGCACGCUCAACGCGCCAAGGCGGAUAGCAAGCGGCCCAUUGUUCGGAGACACUCCCCAUCUCAGUACAAGAAAUACCACGCCGCUGCGACUGCCCUCAUUAACAUCCUGUUUCUCUCCGCGACGGUUAGGCGCGUGCCAUCCAACGACUACACGCCUUACCAUCCCGACGAACACCUCAUCACGGCGGGUAUCUGGACGAUUCACUUCUCUCUCGACAACGACAUGUGGUCAUCGGAAUACCGCAUGCGCGACCUGAUCAAGGAGCUGGAGAUCGACGUUAUUGGCCUCCUGGAGUCUGACCUUCAGCGCAUUAUCAUGGGCAACCGCGACACGACGCAGUUCCUCGCUGAGGACCUGGGCAUGUACGUCGAUUACGGUCCGGGCCCCAACAAGCACACGUGGGGUGCCGCGCUCCUCAGCAAAUUCCCCAUCCUCAACUCGACGCAUCACCUCCUCCCUAGCCCCGUAGGAGAGCUCGCGCCGGCGAUCCACGCCACCCUCGACGUCUACGGACGACUGGUCGACGUCUUCGUGUUCCACUCGGGCCAGGAGGAGGAUGUCGAGGAUAGGCGUCUCCAGAGCGAGUACCUCUCCAAGCUCAUGGGCUCGACCGACCGACCGGCCUUCCUCCUUUCGUACCUCGUGACGAAGCCGCUCAAGGGCAACUACAACAAGCACGUCUCGGACGUGUCGGGCAUGCACGACGUCGACCCGUCGGACUGGGACAGAUGGUGCGAGUACAUCCUUUUCAAAGGCCUGCAGCGCGUGGGCUACGCGCGCGUGAGUCGCAGCACAAUUACCGAUACGGAGCUGCAGGUGGCCAAGUUCGUGGUGCCCGAGACGGAGGCCAAGAGCGCUGAGCUCGAGGCUAUGGAUGCCGAGGCGAGGAACAGGAGAACGACGGAGGCGGAGGUGCCUCCGGGGUGGAGGUUCCCUGCGAUGUUUAGGGGGGAUGGCGUGAGGGGACACAGGUAUCAUGUGUUUGAUGAGCCGAGGUAUUAUAAUUAG